CGAUUAUCCUGUGAGACCACGACUGACCCUGACUUUCACCAUCCGUAACGAACAUCUACCCGGCGGAUUCCCGCAGCCCCAAAACAUGGUUGAACUGUUCGAACGAGGCAUAAGGAAUCUUGUGAAGAUGCUGACUAUGCUGUCGCCAUUACUUCCCCGCGAUCAGCCACACGACUUGCGAUGGGGAAUCACACGUUGGCCAUACGCUAAUUGCCUACUCAUCAUCGACGAUGAACCCAUCACCGAGGUUCUCAACGCCAUCCCGGAGACGAGGAGACUCAUCUUCAACAGUAUUCGUUCUUGUCGUGAUAUCAUAUCCGGAGCGGCUAACGACCCUAGACUCCUUCGUAAUCUGAAAAGCAUUCACUUCAUUGGGCAUCCACCGUCGGAUUCAUCGAUUUCUCUUCAACCACUGAAUCCGAAUAGUGUGCUUAGUAUGGAAGACACGAUAUACCACGAUAUCGCCGGGGACCUUCGUCUUGUGGCUGUGUUAUGGACUAUAUUUUUCGUCUUCUUGUAUGCUCGACAGGUCUGAUACCGCAGGAGACACGGAUGUGCAGUCUCAGUUUCUUUUUAUUUAACUACAUACACAUCAUCCACUCAUAUGGCCGGCUGAUGAACAUUCCAUGGACCUGUAGACGUGUCUCGACUCCUUUCGUAUUCUCGACUACGGACUACCUCGUUUCUCAUAGCCUCGGACUGUG